AAAAUGAGAGAGAAGGGAAAGAAAAGUUAAAUUCAGACUAGAGAAGGCAACUAGUCUCGUUUAUUUUAAAACUUCUUUUGACUUUUUCUUGCCGAGCUGAAAUUUCCUGGAAAAGUACCAUAUUUUCCCAUCAUGAGUUAGUUAUAUAAAAUAUUACUAACAUGAAAUGGAAACUACACUGAAUUGACAGAAAUUUCUAUUUCCAAAAAAAAAGAAAAAGAAAAAGAAAAAAGCUGGACUUGAUAUCCAAGUUCUUUCCCCUGUGUAAACAUCGAAAUUGUUUUGGUUUCAAUUCAUAUUUCCAUAAUAAGAGCUGCUUGUCUGCCUUUAUCCUUUCGCUGGUGAUUUUCAAACAGCUUUUUUCAGAGGAUAAAUUAAAGGAGGAGGUUGCUCAAAGGGAGAAAUGAUGAGUUAUAAAAUCCAAUAAUUGAUCCCUUUUUGGGAGUGAUAAUUGGUCUUAUCUAACGUUAUUAGAGAAUUAAGGGAAAAAAAAAAUUGAUUGCAAUUGCAAUGGAACUUAUUCCAAUCGGGACAAUCUUGGCUGUGGUAACAAACCAGGUAAUUAAAACAGCUCAGGCCGCAAAGGAUGUUGUAAUUGAGAAGGAUAGUUUCAAAGUCCUCUCAAAGCAUCUGUUUGACAUCGAACCUGUGUUAAAGGAAUUGCAGCUUCAACAGUUAAAUGAUUCUCAAGCAGCAAGACUGGGUCUGGAGUCUCUGGAAGCAGAUGUCAAGAAGGCAAAUAACUUGGUCGAGAAAUACAAAAAUCGAGGCCGUUUCUACUUACUUGUCAAGUGCCGGCACAUUGUUAAUGAGGUGCAAGAAGUCACUAGGGAUAUUGGAAGGUCUUUGGCUGCAUUGUCCAUUGCAAAUACUGAAGUCCUUUCAGGGAUAUCUGAUCAGGUCCAUAGGCUACAGAGUGAGAUGCAAAGAGUAGAAUUCGAGACUUCACAUUCUCAACUCCAAAUUGUUGAUAGGUUAAACCAGGGUCUUAGGGAUCAGAAACGUGACCAGGGUUUUGCAAAUGACAUGCUUGAAGAAAUAGCGAGGGCAGUUGGGGUACCUGUUGAGCCUUCUGAAAUUAGCAAGGAGCUAGCAAGCUUCAGAAGGGAAAUAGAAGAAGCUGCCAAUAGGAAGGAAAGAGCUGACGUUCUCUUCUUGGAGCAAGUUAUUGAGCUGCUUUCUCAAGCAGAUGCAGCAAGAGAUUAUGAAGAAAUGAAGAAACAGUAUUUUCAAAGGGCUCAGGUUAUAGAACGAUAUGAUGCAAGUAAAGAAUACAUCCCUCCACUUAAACCUUUCAUUUGUAGUAUAAGUGGGACAGUAAUGGUUGAUCCUGUAAGCCUUUGCACCGGUACUACAUGUGAGAGAGCUGCUAUUGAAACUUGGUUUGACCAUGGGAAGAAAACUGAUCCAGAAACCGGUGAUGUUCUUGAAGAUACUUCUUUGAGGUCUAACCUUCCACUCAGACAAUCAAUAGAGGAGUGGAGAGAACUGAAUUAUUGCCUUAAAAUCAGAGCUUGUGAGGCAAAGUUGUCAUCAGAAGAUAAUUCAUCUGUAGAGGAGGCCCUGAACCAAAUGCUGGAUCUUAUCAGAGAAAAUUCUAUAAACAAGGACUGGAUUUCCAUAGGUGGGCUUACUGAUAGUAUAAUCUCUAUCCUUGGAAGCUCGCACAACAGGGAAGUCAAGAAGAAGAUUUUAAUCACCUUAAAAGAUAUGGUGGAAGGGCAUGCAAGAAAUAAGGCAAAAGUACUAGGGCAUCAGGGGUUGGAUCACAUUGUUCCUUGUUUAGGACGUGAUCGAAGCAUCUCAAUGGCUGCAGUGGAACUGCUAUUUGAGUUAUUGCAAGAUAGAUCAAACUGGAAUGUGUCUGCUUGCCGCCAACUCUCUCAGCAAUGCAGUGGAAUUCUUUUUCUUGUUACCCUUCUAAAGGGUCCAGUCAAGGAGUCAGCAGAUUAUGCAGAAAAAAUAUUAAAUAAGCUUUUUGAUGUUGAUGAGGAGAACAUCUCUCGAGCUGCCAGGUCUGGGUGGUAUAAACCUCUCAUUGAUCGCAUUGUUCAAGGGCCAGAGUCUUCAAGGAUGUCAAUGAUGAAAGCAUUAGUUGUUAUGGAAUUGGUUGAUUCAAAUUUAAAACUCCUUGGUGAGGAAGGUAUUAUACCUCCUUUGCUUUCAAUUGUGGCAUCUGGCAAUAUUGAAUCAAAAGAGUUGUCCUUAUCUGUUUUGGUAAAACUAUCUGGUUGCCGAGCUAAUAAAGAGCUUAUUGCUAGAGAUGGUGGAGUUCCUCUUGUUCUGAAGCUAAUGUUCUCUUCCCAUGUACGUACAAUUCUUAUAGUCAGAUGCUCCGAAGUUGUUGAGAAACUAUCGUCUGAAGGCGAUGGAGUUAAAUUCUUUGUUGAUGAAAAAGGGGUUCAACUUGAAUUGGAGCCAAUCAUCAUUGAAUUGUUGGCUUUGCAGCAGAAUGCCAAUUCAUGCAAUAAUUUCCGACGGCCUGCUUUGCAGGCACUUCUAGGAAUUUGCAAGUCUGAAGCUGGGCUGGUUAAGACAGCUGUGUCCACUGCCAGUGGUGUAUCUCUAGUUCUUCCUCUUCUUGAUGAUCCUGACUCAGAAGUUAGAGAAAUUGCUAUAAAUCUUAUAUUCCUAUUUUCUCAGCAUGAGUCACAAGGAGUUGUGGAAUACCUUCUUAAGCCAAAAAGGUUGGAAGCACUAGUGGGAUUUCUUGAAAAUGACAAAAACAGUGAUGUCCAGAUGGCUGCCGCUGGUCUAUUAGCCAACCUCCCAAAAUGUGAAGUAUCACUAACUAUGAAAUUGAUUGAGUUGGAUGGACUUUCUGCAAUCAUAAAUCUUUUAAGAUCAGGGACAAUGGAAGCGAAAGAACAUGCUUUAAGUGCUCUCUUUAGAUUUACAGAUCCCACAAAUGUCGAGUCACAGCGGAUUGUUGUUGAAAAAGAAGUUUACCCUUUGCUUGUAAAUUUCCUCAGAGUUGGUUCAGUAACAGCAAAGGCCAGAGCGGCAGCUCUCAUUGGUAAUCUGUCCAUGAGCAGUCCUAAACUAACUGAUGUGUCCAAAAAAACUGGUUGCUGGUCCUUUAGGAGAUCACGUGUUCCUUUAUGCCCUGCACAUGGUGGUAUAUGCAAUGUAAACACUUCAUUCUGUCUGUUGGAAGCAAAAGCGCUGCCUCACUUAGUAAAACUCUUAGAUGUAGGAAUUGAAGCAACUGCUUAUGAAGCAAUUCAAACACUUUCCACAUUGGUUCAGGAAGGCUGUUCGCAAAAAGGAGCCAAUGUUUUGCAUGAGGCUGAUGCCAUAAAUCCUGUGUUAGAAAUUUUAACAUGCGGAACAGAUUCUCUGAAGGAAGAGGCACUGGGACUACUGGAGAAGAUUUUUGUAUCAAAGGAAAUGGUGGAAAGCUAUGGGUCGAAAGCCAGAUACCUUCUGGUUGGUCUAACCGGCAGGAAUGUUCACGACGAUGGCCGUCCAGGGAGGAGGGUUGCCAAAGUUUUAUCACUUCUUGAACGUUAUUCAAAAUCAUCAACAUCUAUUAUUCCAGGACUAUUUUGAUAAAAAAAAUUAUACAUAUGAUAUCAGGUCAGAGAAAAGUUUAAUCCAACUUUAUUGUGACUUUUCGACUUUUCUAAUCUUUUAGAGUAUACAUGAAUAUUUUUGUGAAUCUAGAUGUUUUAAUGAUGUUUAAAAAGCACACAUGAUUCUGAAAUCAAUGUUAAAAGUUCUUGUUGUAAGAAGCGAAGAAAAGUUUGGUGAAAAACAUCAUUAUGCACCUACUCUCUGGUUAGGCAAUGUCACUUAAGAUUUUCAGGCAUGGCAAGAUUUCUCACUUACUGUUCAGCUCACUAGGAUGUCCCUUUUUCUUUUCUUUUUCAAGGCCUGAGGCUGUGUCAUGGUCCACUCAAAACCAUGAACCUUCCUUGGUCUGGGAAAAAAUGUCAUCGUCUCAAAAGAGACUUGAAUUUCAUACUAUGUACUAGAGUUUUAUCAGGUAUAUAAAUGUUGGAUUACCUUCAGCUUCUGAGAUGUCAUUUACAAGACAAAAUCAUAAAUUUAAGAUCAAAGCGGAUAAUACUUUAUUGGUGCAGAUAUCAUUAAAUUCAAAUGCCUAUUUCUCUUUACCACUUUUCUGCUGAUAUUUCAGUUGCUUAAACAAAAAAAAAAGAAAUCGAAAAUAAAUUUCCCAGCAUUUGAAAAUGUUAACGCUAAUGGCUGCUGGCAAAGCUGAAAUGAAAAAAUGAAAUUGAUGCCAAGCAACAAAGGAUCUCUGAUGGGUACUGGUGGCUAGAACCAACCAACUGGCCUAUGCAUUUAAGUGAUUUUGGCAUCAAAACAAGGGUAUACUUUUCUGGUCCCAUCACUGAUAGCUCAGUCCUGAGAUCAAUCAUCAGAAUUUUUUUCUGGUCAAGCUUUCUUGAAACCUCAAUUCUGAGAAAUCCAAGAUUUUACCCAAAGUUAUGGAAAGCA